UUUCAAAAUCUCCUACCAACAAUUCUUCCUUGAUAAUUCAUACUCCCCAUUGAGUGAUGGCGGCUUAUGCUGCAGCAAAUUCUUUGAUGAACACGAUUCAGCUUAUUCUAGAAUCGCCUCGCCUUUCGCUGGUUCCUCCCUCCCCGAAAAUCUUGCAACCCGCCUACGAUGCCAUGUGUUGCUUGCAGCAAAAUCUGCAAAAAUUGGAUGAGACGAGCAGCAGCAAGAUCAGGACGAAGGUGAACGAUCUGGAUGAACGAAUCAAAGAGGCCAUAUGGGAAUUCGAAGAUUUACUAGAAACAUGUUACACCAAUCAGAUUCUUCCACAGCUCGAAAGCUCAGGAGGUGUGAGAUAUCAGCUGUCUUUCUCUGUAGAUCUGCAGAGUCUGCGACAAAGUGUUGAUUGCUUCGUCGAGAGGGUGGCGGUGAUGGAGGCGGAGUACGAUGCUGAACUGCUGAAUAUGCCUGAGGAAGAAGGCGAACCUAUUUCUUUGAGAAUUGAUUUUAGUGGAAUCAACUCAAAUAUGGUUGGAUUAACUUAUGAAUUUGAACGUGUCAGGGAAUAUCUCGUUGAAGAUGAAGGGAAAUGGGUGUCGGUUAUUGGGAUGGCAGGGGUUGGAAAGACAACUCUGGCUAAGAAAGUAUUUGAGGAUCCAUCGGUUCAGAGACAUUUUGAGCUCCGAGCAUGGGUUAGAAUGGGCAGAAAAUGUGAAUUCAAUGAAAUAUUGCGAUGCAUUUUAGCUCAAGUGGAUCCCAACAUUCGCAACCAAAUGCUUACCAAAAGAGACGAUGGUGAUGACAAGAAACUAGUUGGUCUCUUUGAAGAGAGAUUGAAAGAUAAAAGAUGUCUCGUUGUGUUUGAUGAUGUAUGGGAAUGGGACAUGCAACUAAUGGAAAGCUUGGCAAAAGGGAAUGUCCAAAUCUUGUUAACAAGCAGGAUAAGAAUGAAACAUUCAUUCAUAGUACUACCCUUGUUGAGUGAUGAAGAAAGUAAGAAAUUACUUAGCGAGAAGGUGUUUGGUGAAGAUGGUUUCCCGCCUCACCUUGAUGAACUAGGAGAGAAGAUUGCCAAAAAAUGUGAAGGUCUUCCACUUGUGAUAGUCACAGUUGCAGAGCUCAUAUCCAUAGAGCACAAAAUUCGGACCGAGGAAGCCCAAAAACAACAACUCAUAUCCAAAGAAGACAAAAUCCUAAAAUUCUGGAUUGAGGUAGCUGAAAAACAACAACAUCCAGUCUUCGUGAAUGCAUAUGAUCAAAUAUUUGAGGUACUUUAUCCAAGCUAUGAAUACUUACCUCAACAUUUGAAAAUGUUAUUUCUCUAUUUGGGAACUUUCCCUCCAUAUAGUAAUAUCACUAUGUUCUACCUUACCUAUCAAUUAAGUGCUGAGGGGUUUCUCAAACAAAAUAGAGAUCAAACUGUGGAAAGUUUUAUUGAUCAAUGCUCAUCAGACCUUGUUCUUCGGUAUAAUCUUGUCAUAGCCAGAUUAAGUCCAGAUGAAUCUUCGUAUUCAACUGAUGAGUCCCGCGUGCAUUCUUGCUGGCAACACUUAUGUAAGAAAAUAGCUAAUAAGAUCAAGUUUUUGCAUGUUUUUCAAAGUUGCAGUGAUAUUAUACAAGACCAGCGUCGGUUGUGUGUACAUUCCAACAGUUUAUUUUGUUUCAAAGAGGUGUAUCAUUCAAUAAAAAGUAAUUGUGCAUCCAUGACCCGCUCUCUCCUUUGUUAUGGUCCUUACCACCAAUAUCCUGUGCCAAUAUAUGCCAUGGAUUUCAAGUUGCUAAGAGUACUAUAUGCUCGUAGAGUCCGAUUUUACCAUUUUCCACUUGAAAUUCUAAAACUAGUUUGUCUAAAGUACCUUGCCCUAACUUGUAACAAAGAGCUACCUUCUUCCAUAUCCAACCUUUUUCACCUUCAAUCCUUGAUCAUAGAACAACAUAUGAACAUUAGAAAGCGUGGAACUCUGUCAUAUAUGCCGGUGGAAAUAUGGGACAUGCAAGAACUACAGCAUAUUGAGGUAAUUGGAAGAGACCUACCAACUCCUAAUAGUGGUGCAACUCUGGACAAACUCAUGAAUCUUUAUGGUGUGACUGCAAAGAGUUGCACUAGUGAAAUUCUCAGAAGAAUCCCUAAUUUAAUGAGAUUAGGAAUUGAUGUGGAGUUGAAGCCUUAUGAUGAUAGUGAUGAUAGCAACCCAUUGAGCGGCUUUGAUCAUAUCUCCGAUGAACUCCAAAAUUUGACCACGUUUUCAUUUAUCCUACUGAACCCUGUUAUGAAGCUUGAGUCUAUGGUUUCUCUUUCAAUGUUCCCAUCAAGUUUGACAGAAUUAGAAUUGGGUGGCUUAGGGUGUCCAUGGAAACACAUGAAUGACAUUGGUUCAAUGUUACCGAAUCUCAAGAUUCUCCAGUUAAGACACUACGCCUUUCAAGGUCCGGAAUGGAAUAUAGAAUCAAACUGUUUUUUGAAACUUGAGAAAGUUCAAAUCAAUGACACCGAUUUGGUGCGAUUGAGAGCUGAACAUGGAAGCAUUCCAAGGCUUAAAUACCUAGGCAUGCAUGAUUGCUACAAAUUACAAGAACUCAACUUGGCGCGUGAUCCUUCGAUGGUCACAACUGAAAUUGAACUAUUUGACUGCAAUCUCUUAGUCAUCAUUCCUGCCAAAUCCAUGUUGACGUUUGAAAUUUACUCUUCAUUCUACUACUCUAUAUAACAGGCCAGUCUUUUGGGAUGAGUUCUCCUAUUUGGUCGGUAUCAAUUGGUGCUUUCAUUGAGACCCCAAACGGCUCGGAGUAGUGGCCGGACAACAAAUUCACCAGGACCAACGAGUACCUUUGGGGCCGACUCGGAAUGGUGGCCGGAAAAAGAAUUGCCGUGACCGAAGUGGCCGUGACUAGGUGUGCACAUGGUACAAAAAUCGCCGGUUCCGGUUCGGAACCGGCGGUUAACGGUUCAAAAAAAUGUUGAACCUGAACCGGCCCGCCAAGGGUUUAGCCGGUUCCGGCAACGGUUCAAAACUGCCGGUUCCGGGCCAGUUCAGCGGUUCACUUUACCUUUUUUUUAAAAUUUUUGUUUUGCCUUGUG